CAGCUAAAAAGAACAGACCUAAUGCCUGGCUCGACCGUAAAGCCAUAAAGUAUCACUAGCAGUUAGUGUAUCCACAAAAGAUUUCCUCGAACGGUUGCGGUGGUGAACAGAUAAAAGACCGACUUACUGGACUUUAGUCGCAUUUAGAUAUUGUUGUGUCUUCGAAGAACGAAUCUCGCUGCAUCGUGCUCAAGAUAAAUCACGGGACAAUCAAAAUGUCCAGUUUUAGGAUUAGUUUAUUCCUACUGUUUUGGGGAACAUAUGUCACGUGUGCGACAGCGUCUCUCAAAGAAACAUUGACAGCUCCUGCAUUCAGUAGAACCUAUACAGUAAAGGGAACGUUAUACAUACCAUAUGCAGAGAUCCGAGAACCUUUCUAUGCAUGGUACGACGGAAACAGUGGUUCCAGUCGGAUUGAUUACUAUGGAGGAAUGGUCAAAACCUUUCAACUCGCUCAUAGAGGACAAUAUGGAGCCAGCCUGAAAAUGGCACCUAUCACUACAGAGACUGUCGUCAAUGAAGAGACGUGUCUCCAAGUGAACGGUUCUAAUGAUCUGAAGAUACAACCUCAAUCUAUUAUUCCAGAUGCUUCUGAGAUGGAGUGCAUUGGAGAGGAGAUGAUCAAUGGAUUAUUGUGUGAAAAAUGGCGACUCGUACAAGAAGUCGGGGAGAAAAUGAACAAAUAUACACUCUGGAUACGUUACAAGAAAUCGCCGUAUUUGCCGCAAGUCAAGGAGCCUAUUCCUGUGCGAUAUGAGAUGAGAGGAUUUAAUAGUCUCUUGGGCUCACAUUACGAUCAUUAUUACUUGGAGUACGAUUGGUAUUCUUUUGACAAGCCGUCUGAAGAUGUCUUCAAAAUCGCAGAGAAUGCUACAUGCGUUAGCUUCCCGGGCCCAGGCGAGAAUCACAUAUAUACCUUUAAUCCGAUGCGUGAAUUUGUUCACAAUUAUGAAGAUCAUGUGGACAAAGAAUUCGACAGCUUUAAGAAAGUUCACGGCAAGAGUUACAAGGACAGCAAGGAUCACACGUAUCGCAAGGAUUUAUUCAGACAGAAUAUGAGGUUUAUCCACUCAGUGAACCGCGCGAAUCUGGGUUACCAAUUAGAUGUGAAUCACUUAGCAGAUCGCAACGAUCUUGAACUGAAAGCUUUACGAGGAAAGCAAUACACCCCGGGUUACAAUGGCGGAAUGCCAUUUCCAUAUGAUAUCGAGAAAGAAAUCGCGGGCAUCCCCGAUAGUAUAGACUGGAGAUUAUACGGUGCUGUGACACCAGUAAAAGAUCAAUCUGUUUGCGGCUCUUGUUGGAGCUUUGGCACUACAGGAGCGGUAGAGGGCGCAUACUACAUGAAGUAUAAUAAAUUAGUACGUCUGUCUCAACAGGCUCUCAUUGACUGUUCGUGGGGCUUCGGUAAUAAUGGUUGCGAUGGCGGAGAAGAUUUUCGCGCGUAUCAGUGGAUCAUGAAACACGGUGGUUUACCUACCGAGGAAGAUUAUGGGAAUUAUUUGGGACAGGAUGGAUACUGUCACAUAAAUAACGUGACGUUAACCGCCAAGGUCACGGGUUACGUUAACGUCACUCCACAGAAUGUAGACGCAUUGAAAAUCGCGAUCUUCAAGCAUGGUCCUAUUUCUGUUGCUAUCGACGCGUCCCAUAAGACAUUCUCAUUCUAUUCUCAUGGAGUAUAUUACGAUCCAACUUGCGGCAACACCGAAGAUAAACUAGACCAUGCUGUUCUGGCCGUUGGAUACGGCACUAUGAAUGGAAAAGGCUAUUGGUUGAUAAAGAAUUCCUGGUCGAAUUAUUGGGGCAAUGAUGGAUAUAUCCUUAUGGCUCAAAAAGAUGAUAAUUGUGGUGUUCUUCUUGUCCCUACAUAUGUUACCAUAUAAUGAUAUUUCUCCUUUAACUUUUGCGUCAAUUUAUCGCGUUGCUUAGAGCUCUCUGAUAUAUCCAAGGAACAGACAUAUGAAAAAAUAAGAUAUAAUUUAUAUAUGUACAAAUGAGAAAAAUUAGAGGCUGUAUAAAAUAUAUCUUAGAUACUCAAUACAAGUUGUUAAAGAUCGUAUUUACUGUAUACGUUAUGUGCGUAUGAAAACAUAGAUUGUAAUAAUAAGAGAAAAUAAAAGGAAAGUUUUGCAAUUA